AUGGCCGCGGCGAAUGUGCAAGCGUCGUCCGCACGACCCCCAUCGCUGGUGAGCGCGACUUCUGAUGAUAGCGGCUCGUCUGUCGUUGCCUCGCCUGAUUUCCAAGUUGUACUUCUGGAUUUGAAUCCAGUAGCUUGGCAAGAAUAUGCCGUCGCAGGCACGAGCGACCAGCCCCAACAGCGCGCAGACGCGGUGUUUGCACAGGUGCGCCAAGUGUUGGCGUCUGUGAUUGUAUACCUAAAUGCACAUACUGCACUGCAGCACGGGAAUGGACUUGCCGUGUACGGUGUGGUGAACGGCAAUGCCAAUCUUUUGUAUACCACCGCGCCGUUUGCGCGCGCGGCGCAGCACGCAGCGGACGCAUCCACAAUGAGCAUGUGCCUGCCAUUUAAGCAGGUUGAUGACGCUGUAUUUCUCGGCGCGCGUGCAAUGAUGGACGACGCCGCGACGCGACCCGAGCCAGAAAAACCGAUUGGUAUGGUACAUGCACUGUCGCUUGCUUUGUGCCACAUCCACCGCCUCUGCAUCGCGACACAAGCGAGCCAGGAUACCGAGCCACAGGCCGAUGGCGAGCGCACGGGUCCCCGGCAGCUAGCUGCAAACGCAUACCGAUUUCGCAUCCUCGUGCUGUCCGUGACGCCAGACGCAAGCGCGCAAUAUGUGCCGAUGAUGAAUGCGAUAUUCAGUGCACAGAAACAGGACGUAAAUAUCGAUGUAUGCAAGCUCUUUGGCGGCGAUACUGUGUUCCUGCGGCAGGCGUGCUACCUUACUGGAGGGCAUUACUACCGGCUUGAGCACACGGCUGGCUUGUUGGAAGUGCUCAUGGCUGUCUACUUGCCAUCGCGCAUCGUUCGGCCGCUGCUCAUGUACCCCGCGAUGGACGACGUCGAUUUCCGCGCUGCGUGCUUCUGCCACAGACGCAACAUUGAUAUCGGCUACGUAUGUUCGGUAUGUCUCAGCAUAUUCUGCGCGCCGCGCGAGCAGUGCAUGAUAUGCCACGCCAAAUUCCCCACGUCGACGCUGCAGUACUGCGACGAUGAGGAGGCAGUGCUUGCAAUGCUUCGUAAGCGCUAG